AUGCUUAUGAAUCAAGGAAACUAUACGGACGCAGCCAAGAUUACUAGUACAUCUCGAGAUCUUUUGAAUGGCCGGCUGUCUAAAAUCGAAGGUUUGUGUCAACUAAGAACCAUGAUUCGAGAAGCUUCCGAGCGUCUGAGCGAGAAGAUUGUCGAUCAGAUCGUCGACAUACUCGUUGUUGACCCAUUUGAACAUCACAUGUUUGACUUGAUUCAAACGAUGUCCGAACAACGAGUGAUGGAGUCGGAACAGUGCUCUCGCCUUCAUGACAAAGUAGCCGCAUCGGUGUCAUUGAUGAGGGUCCGUGCCUCGAUAGAUGAAAAUUUAGCAGGAGAUCAAACUCAUUUGACGCAGCUCGUCCAAAUGGUUGGUUCUUCGACAAUAAGUGUUCGUAACAAGCUCCGUAUGAGUGUGAUGUUUCAGAUAGUGUGCCAGCUGGACUCGUCUCGAAGUGCCCAUAAAGUACUCGAGAAAAUCUGCGCAGAGUCACCUUCGAGCACCAAAAUCAUGAAAUUAUAUUGGGAGGGUGCUCAGAAUGCCGUGGAGGCGCUUGUUUCUGAUCACCUGGAUAUUACUCCGUUGGCUGCGAAAGAGCCCAUCGACUCCAAGAAACCGCUCUUCCGAUUCGAUGCCACGGCUUUUGCUAGUGGAACAUCCACCACUGAUCCGAGCUUGCAGAGUCCAUUAGUUGUUUGCCGUCCGUCUGCUUUCAAUAUUGUACCGAUGUUUCCUUGGUUGCGUAAGCUGAUGGAUUCCAUCGAAAAGGAAACAGCUGAAUCUCCAUGUCAGCUCAGGCGCUUCGUACACUCUUUCGUUAUGGAGCUCUUCGUUGAAAGAGUGAAAGCAGGACUUGCAGAUCGUAUCGAAAACGCCUUAAGAAGAUCUGAUAAUACACGGCCUAGAACCAGCGUAAACUCUAGUCCAUUAGUUGUUUGCCGUCCGUCUGCUUUCAAUAUUGUACCGAUGUUUCCUUGGUUGCGUAAGCUGAUGGAUUCCAUCGAAAAGGAAACAGCUGAAUCUCCAUGUCAGCUCAGGCGCUUCGUACACUCUUUCGUUAUGGAGCUCUUCGUUGAAAGAGUGAAAGCAGGACUUGCAGAUCGUAUCGAAAACGCCUUAAGAAGAUCUGAUAAUACACGGCCUAGAACCAGCGUAAACUCUAAAGUUCUGCCAUCGUGCGAACGCGUUUUGGAACUCUGCCAAGAAGUACAUGGCUUGAUUGUUUCUAUGGACUUGUAUGCAGAUAGAUUUGCUGCCCUUUGGUUGCUUGUACUCACCGACUACAACAAGAAUGUCACGGAUAUGUACGAGAGGACUACAAAAUCGCUGAGCGAAAUCGACGGAAUUCCCUCGAGACGAAAAAUUAGUGCUGCAUGGGCUGCGGAUGAGGAUAUCUCAAGGUUGCUCAUGAGUCUUCCAAACUGGAUGAUGGCGGCCACAGAAGCUACUCCAAGUACACCGAGUGUUCCGAAUUUUGAGAGCGAGAAGGAUAUUCGACAAAGGAAUGAGCGGGAAUCAGAGAUCCUUAUUGGAAACCUUGCCACUCAAAAGAAAAUUGAACGCGCUGAAUUACUGACCGAUAUGUCGGAUGUGCGAGCACUUGCAGCGUUGCACGAAAGCUUGCGAUGGUUUGCUUGUGAGAUUCGACGACUGAUUAAUUCGCUUCCACAGCAUGUGAAGUCAAAUCUUCGUGGAUGCAUGGUUCAGGUCCGAUACAAAGAUGGGCAGAUAACUGACAAUGAACCAGUACUAGAUGCAAUGGAGGAUUGUAUAUGCCGUUUGGAUUCCAUCUCGGAUACCUGUCUACUGAUGCUGCACCUGGAACUACGUGUACACUGCUUCUUCCACUUAUUACCGCUAGCUCGGCCAAGAAAUGUCAGCGUUCAUGAGGAGCUGGAUGCUGAGGUUGUCGAGUUGGGAAGAGAUUUGCAAGCGUUCUAUCAACUGUUAUCAUCAAUAUUAUCGCAACCAAAACUUCGCUAUAUUUUCGACGGUCUUGGUCAUCUUUGUGCUGCAAUAUUCAUCCAUUCAAGCCAACACAUGCCACGGCUUUCGGAAUCUGGAAAGAAACGUGUGUGUCGCAAUAUCUGGGGUGUUCAACAACGUCUUUCCCAAAUUACGUCACGUCGUGAAGCGGAACUCGAUCGAGCUCGGGCAUUCUUUGAACUGCUCGCUCAUGAACCUGAUCGUUUACUCGCCCAGCUGCCAGAUCGCCGAUCCCAGUUCACCCCCGUUGAGAUGGGACAUCUUGUGGCGUUGUCGGUUCGCUCUCAUCCUACCCUAUCCAGCCAACAUGGUGCUCUCGAACAACGCCUUGCACAGCUUUCAUCCUUAUUGAAACAACCGGUUUAG